AUGUUUGUGGCUUGUUGGUUGCGUUUGGAAUAUUAUUUGCAGGCAUUGAAUACCUGUGUGCGUGUUGAUUUCAGUCCAGACUCACAGAAACCUUUGAAGAUAAUCAGGAACUUACAUGUAGCGACAGCAGAAAUCAACGUAAGAGUGAAUGCGGAUAUCAUCCUAACUUGUACAGUCGACCAGCAUUCAAACAAUAGUGUUUGGCGACAUAACGGCAAAGAAAUUAAACCGUGUGAUAGACUAUGUGUAUCAGUACAGGAACUAGAACAUAAACUCACAAUCCGUAAUGCUACUUUAGAAGAUGGGGGUGAUUACACAGUUGAUUAUGGUGAUGUGAAAUCAAGCACAACUCUAACACUUAAAGAAAACCUAGUAUUCACGAAAAAACUUCAAGACACGUUUGUUUAUGUCGGCGAACCAGCAAUUAUCACAUGCAAACUCAAUGAUUCUGACAAAGCAGUUAUAUGGCAACAUGAUUACAAACCUGUAGAAUCAACAGAUAGCUUAAAACUUGUUGCAGAUGAAUUUACGCACUGGUUAGUGAUUUCAAAAACAAAGUUGACAGAUGCAGGAUAUUAUUCGUGCGUAUGUGGCAUAGAAUCAACAAAGGCUUCCCUCAAAGUUUCAGAAAGACCUUUGAUGAUAACCGAGAAAUUGCAUGUAACUACAGCAAAGGCAGAUGUCAGAGAGAAUAUGGAUAUUGUUCUAAUGUGUGCGGUCAACCUACAUACGAAUGAAGUGAUAUGGAAUCAUGAUGGCACAGAAAUUACACAAGGUAUAAGACACCUCGUCGAAGUGCAGGGGCUAGAACACAAGCUUACAAUUAGGAAUGCAAAGUUUGAGGAUGAUGGUGAUUACACAGUUGCCUUUGGUGAGAAAAAGUCAAGUACAAACUUGAUAAUAAAAGGCAGUCUUAAUCUUUUACACAAAAAGCAACUGACAGAAGAUCUGUUCAAAAACUGGAUCAGAGGUGCUCUUGGUAUAAAAUGUUUGAAACAGGGUAUACAGGAAUUUGUUGAAAAUUCCGUACAAUCUCAUCACUAUGAAAUUAAAAAGCAGCUUCCAUCUGUUGUAUGUGAAAACUGUACAGAAGAGGUUCUUCUCCCGUCACACAUACAGGGACAGUGUCCAAAGAAAUCUAAGUGUCUGUGUUCUAAACAGCAAAACAACAGGAGGGUUUGUCCAAACCGAGGAUUUUGUAGUAAGUUUUAUGAUAAAAUCUUUUUUGAUCACCGAUUCUUCGAUUUAUCGCUUGCGAACACAGAUAUACAAUCGUGGGGCAUCGAUCCUUGGAGUGUUGCUACAUGCUAUAUCAGUACUACUGGUUACAAAGGCAAGCCGUCAGCGAAAGAUGUUGACUGUUCAGGACUACUGAGUCUGUUGAUCAACAACAAUUUCAUCCAUAGAAGUCUUGGUGACGUCGAAAUAAAUGGAGAAACAGACCUAUUUAGACAGGCGAGGGACGCACGCAAUGAGAUACUUCACAAUGCUAACUAUGAGUUAUCAGAGGGUCAAUUGCAAUGCUAUAUUGAUUUGUUCAAAGCCGUAUUGGAGAUUAAAGAUGCUAAAGGCGGAGCCCCACUUUCCGGACAACUAGGUGUUCAAGACGCCAUUGCUUAUCUGAACGAGGUAGUUGAUCGAUCCUGUGUUGGAUUAAAGCAAGUCGUAUCAGAAAGGUCAUACGGGAAACAGAAUCAAAGUCUUAUCAUUAAACGUAAGAUAGGAGACUAUAAUGUACAGAUAAAGAAUCGUUUGAUUAACAGAGACGCCAAUGAUGAAGGUGACUGUGGUAUAAGCAGUAUCCGUAUGUUUCCUGAUGGUAAAGUUCUCCUUAUUGAUAAUCAUAACGGUAAAAUGAAGAAAACUGACAGUUCGUACAAAGUCGUCAGUCACUGUGGUAUUCCGUUUCUUGCUAGUUGGAAUGACGUGUGUUACAUAGGUAACGAUAGAGCUGUUGCCAGUUAUUCUGAUAUAAUUCGGUAUGUGAAUGUAUCGGGUAAGAUGAAGCAUGAGCAUGAUGUAAAGCUUGAGCACAGAUGUUACGGUCUGGCUUGUCAUGGUGAUAUACUCUAUGUCAGAGGUGAUGACGCAAUAUAUACCUAUACCAUACACUGCCAGGGGAAACAUCUGCUUUACAAAAUAAAAGAAACAUACCCAUUUUCCUCCCGUAUGGCUAUCAGUGACGACGGUGAACGAAUUUAUAUUACAAAUGUUACUGCAGAACUUAUAACAAUAGAUAACAAAGGAAACCAUCUGUUCACUUUGAAGACUGACAUAGAGCAUCAAAUACUAGAUGUAUGUGUUGUUAGGGACGGUACUGUACUUGUAUUAGACAUUGAAGGAAGUGUACAUCAGGUUGAUUAUAGUGGUAAACAAGUUCUUGGAACAAUUGUUGUUGACCGGUCUUAUGAUAUAGAUAUAAAACGCAGAGACGACAAUGAUAAAGAUGACUGUGGUAUACGCAGUAUCCGUAUGCUUCCUGAUAAUAAUAACGGUAAACUAAAGACAAUUGACUGUUCGUACAACGUCGUCAGCCACUGUGAUUUUCCGAACGGGUCCUAUUAUUCGAUUGACGUGUGUAAUAUAGGUGACGAUAGAGGUGUUGUCUGUCACUGUGAUAUUCCCAUUUUGCCCUGUAGUUGGACUUGGACUGACGUGUGUUAUAUAGGUGUCGACAGAGCUGUUGUCUGUAGUGCGGAUGGUAGAAUUCAGUAUGUGAAUGUAUCGGGUAACACAAAGCUUGAGCAUGAUGUAAAGCUUGACCACAGCUGUAACUGUCUGGCUUGUCAUGGUGAUAUACUCUAUGUCAGAGGUGGUGACAAAAUAUAUAUACCAUACACUGUCAGUGGAAACAAAUUCUUUAUAACAUAA